ACUUUAUAUUUGACUUUAAAAGUUUCCUUAAAAUACGUAAUCUUCAAAAAGAUCAAAAUGAUUAUUUAUUUUUUAACUACUCCAAAUUAAAACUUUAUAUUUGACUUUAAGAGUUACCUUAAAAUACGUAAUCUUCAAAAAGAUCAAAAUGAUUAUUUAUGUUUUAACUACUCCAAAUUAACAAAAACUCUAUUUCUCUUCCAAUCAGACCCUUUUAACAACUUUCUUAGAGGCAAAUUCCUUUUUUUGUAGUUAAAUUGGAAAGACAUUUGAGAUGAUGCAGUUACUUUCAAGUGCAUUGACCCUCCAAACAAGUUCUAUAAACUGAUUGAUAUCAGAAGCUUGAAAGGGCCAUCAUCCAGGGCCAGGCACUAAACCUAAAAACUAAUUGGGCGUGGGAUGGGCAAUGCAGCAGGUUGCAGUUGAGGGGCCUAUAAAAGCAGGGGGCCUUGUGUCACAUAUCACAGAAGUUGACCAACUGCCAUGGGAGCCAGAAGUAUCGAAACCCGGACCUGGAAGAUUCAGCUACUCAUCCUGUUGAGUGGAGUGCUACUCACCGUUAGAGCUGCUGCAGCGGAGGCAACCGAAGAUGUGACCCAUCCACCGCCCGAUCAUUUGCAAACGGAGUCUCGCUCUCGCAAAAACACAGUCCUGGUUGUGGACGAGGACCUGGACGGACGAAAUGCCUACAUCAACAAUAAGUUUGUGCCCAGCGAGCCGGCUGAGGUGCUGGACGAAGAGCAAAAUGCCCCGCUCUACGAGAUCCUCCAGAAGCAGAUGGAGCAAGUGCUAGCCUCGUCGGCUCCCAACGAUCCUGUCUACGAGCAGCGGGAGAAUCAGAAGCGCCGCGACCAGCAGCCACCCCACCAACCGCCGUACUUCUCCGGCGAAGAUCGAGAUGGCGAUCUUCAGGACGACUACGAGGACGAUGAGGACCAAACGGAUCAGGGCUAUGCCUUGGAUCCAGAGAAACCGGAUGCCGUGGCAAGUUCUCCAGAGGAAGAGGACCAGAACGAGGCGAGCUAUCAAGCACCAAGCCUUCCAAGCAGCACUACGCGCAGACCGCACAGGCGACGCAGCACAUCCACCACAGCUCAGCCACGAACCACCAGGACCAGGAGCACUGCACAGCCCAGGAUCACAGCCAGACCAUCGAACCAAACCAGCACCACUGAGCCACCGCCACAUGCCAGCACCACCAGUCACAGGCCAAUAAUUGGUUCCAGUAGCCAUUCGAAGGCAAAUCCUCAUCCGGGAAACAGCCUGGCCAGUGAUCCGCAGGUCUACCAGCACAAGCGCCGCAUUGUCUUCAAGACCAUCUCGACGGGCUCCCAGUUCGUUAACUCGCCCAUUGGCGACCUAAUGAUCAAGUUCUCCAUCGGAUUCGCCAAGCCAGCUGCUCCGGGUGAAUCUGUCAGCUCCUCCAGAUCACCAAGUUCCUCCAACGAUGCCGUCCUGCGCGCGCUCUCCCAAAACUUCAUCCGAAAUCUCGAACUGCAGAAGCUAAAAAGGUCGAAUAAAGUUCAAAAAGAUUAAAUAAAUAAUACAAUUGCAAAUUA